ACGCGGCUUCAGUGCAGUAGUACGAUAUAGACAAGUGGAUGCCGUGAAUGAAAGUUUAUAGUACGCGCUGAGAUAUAUACGACCCGCGGUUUAUUGGUUUUUAGGUCGAAUGUGAUUGUGCAUUGAUUGGAUUGUACUAUUUGUGCACUGACAGAUCUAUUCCUGAACGCUUUUAGAUCAAUUGGAUAAAAUGAUACCACGGGCUAGAUGUAAAAUAAGGACAGUGAUACUUAUAUGUAUAGUAGUAAUCCUUCUAGUACAAAUUGUUUCAUCUCAAAGAGAAAGAGCUUCGAGGCGGAGGCUUCGAAGGCCGCUGAAAUCCACAUCCCAAGGCAUAUCAUCCGCUUCGAACGACCAAGAAGUGGCUCCUAGCGUGACGAAGUUGAGGCGAGCGAGACCGGGAAACAAGAGAACGUCGGACAACGCAGUCAGCGGAACUUCCCCGAAAAAAGACCAGGAUGGCCACAAGAUUGUGUGUUACUACACCAAUUGGUCGCAGUACAGAGUCAAAAUCGGCAAGUUUACGCCGGAAGAUAUACUGCCCGACCUUUGCACCCAUAUCAUUUUCGCUUUCGGUUGGCUGAAGAAGGGAAAGCUCUCGUCUUUUGAAAGCAACGACGAGACGAAAGACGGUAAAGUCGGAUUGUACGAGAGAAUCCUCAAGUUGAAGAAAGCGAACCCUAAACUUAAAACUCUGCUGGCUAUUGGUGGAUGGUCGUUUGGCACUCAAAAAUUCAAGGACAUGUCCAAAACGAGGUAUACGAGACAAACGUUCAUCUACAGUGCGAUCCCGUUCCUUCGAGAUCGCGGUUUCGACGGCUUGGACAUGGAUUGGGAGUAUCCCAAAGGCGCAGAGGAUAAGAAAAAUUUCGUUUUGCUAUUGAAAGAACUGCGGGAGGCUUUCGAAGCUGAAGCACAGGAAGUUAAACAACCUAGGCUUCUUCUCUCAGCAGCGGUACCGGUAGGACCUGAUAACAUCAAGGGUGGUUACGAUGUACCAGCUGUUGCGUCAUACUUAGAUUUCAUUAACUUAAUGGCGUACGAUUUCCACGGUAAAUGGGAGAGGGAAACAGGCCACAACGCUCCACUUUACUCUCCCAGUUCAGACAGUCAGUACCAGAAGCAACUCAACGUAGAUCACGCUGCUAAUCUAUGGGUAAAACUCGGAGCGCCUAAAGAGAAGAUGAUAAUCGGUAUGCCUACAUAUGGUAGAUCGUUUGCGCUAUCAAACGUUGACAAACAUGGCGUUCAUGCUCCAUCUAGCGGAGGCGGAAAAGAAGGGACCUACACCAAGGAGUCUGGGUUUUUAGCGUAUUAUGAGAUAUGCGAGAUGCUCCGAAAUGGCGCCACUUAUUACUGGGACGACGAAAUGAAAGUACCUUAUCUGGUUCACGGCGAUCAGUGGGUAGGAUUUGACGACGAAAAAUCAAUCAGGCACAAAAUGAACUGGAUCAAGGAGAACGGAUUCGGUGGCGCCAUGGUAUGGACCGUUGAUAUGGAUGACUUCACAGGUACUGUAUGUGGAGGUGAAGUCAAGUAUCCGCUUAUAGGAGCCAUGAGAGAAGAACUAAGAGGUAUAUCUAGGGGUAAGGGUGCCAAAGACGUGGACUGGGCCGCUGUGGCGGGGCCCGAGGAAUCAGAAGGGGAAUUAGAAGAGGAAGUUGUCGAAAAACCAAAACCCAUGAAGAUAGCGGUGUCUGAGGUUCUGAAACGCGCGAGAAAGCCACUAACUAAAAAGAACAAGAACAUUAUAAAUAAAAAAGUGAGACAACCUCAAGUGUUCUGUUACAUGACGAGCUGGUCUCAGAAACGACCGGGUGCUGGCAAAUUCACCCCGGAAGAUGUGAACCCUGCAUUAUGUACCCACGUCAUUUACGCAUUCGCCACGCUGGUUGAUCACAAAUUGGCAGAGGCUGCGGACACUGAUCCAGAAAUGUACGAAAGAGUGAUCGCAUUGAGAGACAAAAAUCCCGAGUUGAAGAUUCUUCUUGCUAUUGGUGGAUGGGCAUUCGGCUCUAUGCCGUUUAAGGAAUUGACCGGCAAUGUUUUCCGAAUGAAUCAGUUCGUCUACGAUGCCAUCGAUUUCCUGAGAGAGUAUAAAUUUAAUGGACUGGACGUCGACUGGGAGUAUCCCAGAGGUGCCGACGAUAGAGCCGCUUACGUCAACCUGCUGAAAGAGCUUAGGGUUGCAUUCGAAGGGGAAGCAAAAUCCAGCGAGCAACCCCGAUUGCUGUUAACUGCCGCCGUGCCGGCUUCGUUUGAAGCUAUAGCUGCUGGUUACGACGUGCCCGAAAUUGCCAAGUAUUUGGACUUUAUCAAUGUUAUGACUUACGAUUUCCACGGCCAGUGGGAGAGAACCGUUGGUCAUAAUUCUCCCUUGUUCCCUCUGGAGAGUGCGACAAGUUACCAAAAGAAAUUGACAGUGGAUUACUCUGCGAGAGAGUGGGUAAAGCAAGGUGCACCAAAAGAAAAGCUAAUGAUAGGCAUGCCCACAUACGGGCGCAGCUUUGAGUUGGUCAACACCACCCAAUUCGACAUCGGAGCGCCGGCUAGCGGGGGAGGAAAACCAGGAAAAUACACCUCCGAAGCUGGAUUCAUGAGUUUCUACGAAAUAUGCGAAUUCUUGCACGAAGACAACGUUACGUUGGUAUGGGAUAACGAGCAGCAAGUACCUUUCGCGUACAAUAAUGACCAAUGGGUUGGAUUCGACGACGAAAGAAGUUUGAAAACCAAAAUGGCGUGGCUGAAAGAAGAAGGCUUCGGAGGCAUAAUGAUUUGGUCGAUUGAUAUGGACGAUUUUAGAGGAUCGUGCGGUGGCAGUAAAUAUCCUCUGAUAAACGCUAUGAGGCAGGAACUAGAAGGAUACAAAGUUAAAUUAGAAUACGAAGGUCCAUACGAAACCAGCGUGUCUUCAGGGCAAUAUACAACCAAAGAUCCAAAUGAAAUCACUUGUGAUGAGCAAGACGGCCAUAUCAGUUACCAUCCGGACAAGUCUGACUGCAAAAUGUACUACAUGUGCGAGGGAGAAAGAAAGCACCACAUGCCAUGUCCGGCCAAUUUGGUAUUCAAUCCGGAUCAGAACGUCUGUGAUUGGCCGGAGAAUGUUGAAAGUUGCUCGCAGUUUACACCGGCGCCACCGGCAAGCAGAUAAAAUAAACAUGGAAACGUUUGAUGGGCUUUUGCAAUAGGUUGUGAAGUGUUUUCACGUGGUACGAUAUAACAUGUAUUACUGAAAAAUGUACCUAACGAUUAGUGCCUGUAGAUUUUAUGUUAUUGUUUUUUCUUUUGUUUUAUAGCGGUUACGCUUUCCGAUUUUAUAGUAUAAAUUGAGAGUUCGUCGUCGUUUUAUUGUAUUUUAAACUUUAACGAAGAUUCGGCUCGGAUGCCGAAUAAUUUUGAGGAUCUACAGAGCAUAAAGGGAUGACAAUACACUGCCAUAUUAAAGACGUUUUUCCAUAUUUUCUUUCUCCCGCUAUCGACAUGUUUACGUUUUCACUUACUAAUCGCUCGAGUUGUUUUAGUUACGUCAUGUAAAUGUGGUAUUAUAUUUAUAAAUAUUAUUUAUAAACGCUAAAAUAUAUUUUUUUAAUUAUUUCUAUGUUUAUAAGUUUGUAUAUUUAAUAUAAAUAUAGAUUUUUGUUGUAAAUAUAGAUAU